AUGUUCCGGAAACACAUAUACAAAGUUUUAAGUGUGUUAGGAGUUACAUUACAGUAUGCAUGCAUCACACACUGUGCGUUUGAAUAUAUCGGAGAGUUUGUAGUGUGUUCUGGUCCAUCUAUGGAGCCAACGAUACAUAGCAAAGAUAUAUUAUUUACAGAACAUAUAAGUACAAGAUUAAGAUGGUAUAAGAAAGGUGAUAUAAUCAUUUCCAUAUGUCCUUCCAAUCCUAGACAACAUAUUUGUAAGAGACUAGUAGGUUUACCCGGGGACAGUAUACGACAUGGAUUUACCACUCAUAUUGUACCAAUCGGACACGUUUGGCUAGAAGGAGAUAAUAGCAGUAAUUCUACAGAUUCACGAAUCUACGGGCCAGUUCCACAAGGAUUACUUCGUGGUCGUGCCAUAUGUAAAAUAUGGCCGUUGUCCGACAUCGCACUUUUUACGAAAUUGUAA